ACUAUCGCUUAUUUAACCUCUUUUUCCCUCUCAAGUCUCAAUUAAACCUCUGUUCUCCCGUCCCUAAAACCCUACCGACGCCACGACGAUGCAAGCCACCCUCAUCUCUCCACGCGCCACCACUCCCAUUCCGACAUUCAAACCCCUUAACCCUCUCCAUGGGCCCCAAACCCGGACCUGCCUUCCAAAGCGGUCCCCCAACUCUCUCCGAAUCACAGCCCAAUCGCCUCCUGCUGUGACCGCUGAGCCCUCAUCCGCCGCCGCCGGUACCUCCAGUGAAGGCCUGAAGCUCAACAAGUAUAGUUCCCGCGUUACGGAGCCCGUAUCCCAAGGUGCGUCCCAAGCCGUGCUCCAUGGCGUUGGUUUAUCUGAGGAGGACAUGUCGAAGCCUCAGAUCGGUAUCUCGUCGGUCUGGUAUGAGGGCAAUACAUGCAAUAUGCACCUCUUGAGCUUAUCGGAGGCUGUGAAGCAAGGGGUGCGGGAGGCUGGCUUGGUUGGGUUCAGGUUCAAUACUGUGGGAGUUAGUGAUGCCAUUUCGAUGGGGACUAGAGGUAUGUGCUAUAGCUUGCAGAGUAGGGACUUAAUUGCUGAUAGUAUUGAGACUGUAAUGAGUGCGCAGUGGUAUGACGGCAAUAUCUCUAUCCCCGGUUGUGAUAAGAAUAUGCCAGGGACAAUUAUUGCAAUGGGGCGGCUCAACCGACCAAGCAUCAUGAUCUACGGUGGAACGAUCAAGCCAGGUCAUUUUGGAGGCAAUACAUAUGACAUAGUGUCUGCUUUCCAGGUUUAUGGAGAGUAUUUAGGUGGAUCAAUUAGUGAUGAGCAAAGAAAAAAUGUACUCCUUAAUUCAUGUCCAGGGCCAGGGGCUUGUGGUGGCAUGUAUACUGCUAAUACUAUGGCUUGUGCUAUCGAAACCAUGGGGAUGUCUCUUCCUUACAGCUCUUCAAUACCAGCAGAAGAUCCAUUGAAGUUGGAUGAGUGCCGUUUAGCUGGAAAAUAUAUUCUAGAAUUACUAAAAUUGGACUUGAAACCACGAGAUAUAAUCACUCCAAAGUCCCUGCGCAAUGCAAUGGUUAUCGUCAUGGCACUAGGUGGAUCUACCAAUGCUGUGUUACAUUUAAUUGCUAUUGCAAGGUCUGUUGGUCUAGAGUUAACUCUUGAUGAUUUCCAGAGGGUUAGCGAUGAGGUUCCUUUUCUUGCAGAUCUGAAACCUAGUGGCAAAUAUGUCAUGGAGGACAUACACAAGAUUGGAGGGACACCUGCUGUCAUUCGCUAUCUUUUAGAGCUUGGAUUUCUGGAUGGCGAUUGCAUGACUGUGACUGGGAAGACUUUAGCUGAGAACGUGAAAAAUUGCCCUCCUUUGGCAGAUGGGCAGGACAUAAUAAAGUCAGUAGAAAACGCCAUCAAGAAAACAGGCCACCUCCAAAUAUUGUAUGGAAAUGUUGCACCAGAGGGUUCUGUCGCAAAAAUCACUGGAAAAGAAGGGCUAUAUUUCUCUGGUCCUGCACUUGUCUUUGAAGGAGAGGAGUCCAUGAUUGCUGCAAUCUCUGAGAAUCCCUCAAGAUUUAAGGGAAAAGUAGUAGUUAUUAGAGGAGAGGGGCCAAAGGGUGGACCAGGCAUGCCUGAAAUGUUAACACCGACUAGUGCAAUUAUGGGAGCAGGUCUUGGGAAGGAGGUUGCAUUGUUGACAGAUGGUAGAUUCUCCGGGGGUUCACAUGGAUUUGUUGUUGGUCACAUAUGCCCUGAGGCACAGGAAGGAGGUCCAAUUGGCCUUUUGAAAAAUGGAGACAUUAUCAACAUUAAUGUUCGGCAGAGGAGAAUAGAUGUUCAGAUUACUGGUGAAGAAAUGGAGGAUAGAAGGAAAAACUGGACUCCACCUCCAUACAGGGCCUCUCGAGGAGCUCUAUACAAGUACAUCAAGAACGUGCAGCCGGCCUCAAAAGGAUGUGUAACUGACGAGUAAUGACGUGUUUCGGAGAGGAGUGCCUCCAUUCAUUGUUUUCAGCAAUGACAUUUCCGCCUGUAAGAACUAGGUUAUGCUCCUUUCUACCGUAAUUUUUAUUUUAAGGUUAGAGUGGUUUUAUGUGCCGGCAGGUUUUCGUGUAUUACCCUUUUCAGUGACACCGUCCAGACAAUGCAAUUUUGGCACAAUUUUUUCUAAUAAAAUUUGUCACAAUUUUUAGCUCGAA